AUGGAGCGCAGCGUGCGGGAGCUGUGGGCGGAGUCACGCGAGCUGCUGGGCCUCCACUCCCCGGACGCCGUGGCGCGCGCUGACCUGCCCCCGACCCCGCUCGCCUUCCUCCGCGACCACGUCUCCCCGGGCCGCCCGCUCCUCGUCUCCGCCGCCGCCACCCGCCACUGGCCGGCCGCCUCGCUCUGGCCCACCGAAUCCUACCUCCCCGACGCGCUCCGCUCCACCGACGUCUCCGUCCACCUCACCCCCGACGGCCGCGCCGACGCCCUCGCCGCGCACCCGCGCCGCCCCGGCGCCAGGUGCUUCGCGUCCGCGCACGUCCGCCGGGUCGACUUCCCCGCCGCCGUGCGGCUCAUCAGGGACUCCGACCCGGCCGCCGGCCUGGUGGCGUACGCGCAGCAGCAGGACGACUGCCUGCGCGGGGAGUACGCGGCGGUGGCCGGCGACGUGGACGCGCACGUGCCCUGGGCCAGCGAGGCGCUCGGCUGCCUCCCCGAGGCCGUCAACCUCUGGAUCGGCAACUCCUGCUCCGUCACCUCCUUCCAUAAGGACCACUACGACAACAUCUACGUCGUCCUCUCCGGCGAGAAGCAUUUCCUCCUCCUGCCCCCCACCGAGCACCACCGCCUCCACAUCCGCGACUACCCCGCCGCCCGCUACGUCCCGGUCGAGGAAGGGGAGGAGGUACCGAAGCUCAAGCUGGAGAUGGAAGAGCCCGAGAGGGUCGUGCCCUGGAGCAGCGUGGACCCGUACCCGGCGUCACCGGAGGAGGUGGCGGCGCAGGUCUCAGCCUGCCCUCUCUACUUCAAAGGGCCGAGGCCGAUUCGUUGCACCGUCCGUGCCGGCGAGAUGCUCCACUUGCCGAGCAUGUGGUUUCACCAUGUCAGCCAGAGCCCCGGGCCUAACGGUCUCACCAUUGCCGUCAACUACUGGUAUGACAUGCAGUUUGACAUCAAGUAUGCCUACUUUAACUUCCUGAGGUCAUUGGAGAUCAAAGAUUCUCCAUUGGAGAUCAAUCAUGAUGCUUUUGAAGGUGAGCUCGAGGAGAAGAACGAUUGA